AUGCCCAACAACUAUGCUCUUGCUGUCAAGAUUGGUACCCUUCGACUUAUAUGCCUUUACUUACCACCUUCUAUGCCCACUCAUGAAGCUCUUGAUAUUCUCUCAGCCAUUACUUUAACUGAUGAUACCAUUAUAUUAACUGGUGACUAUGCAUCUAACCCUCGUGGUAUAGCUUUAGAGCAAUGGCUUGAAGAACGAUCUUUAACUGUCCUCAAUGGAGUUCUCUCACUAUGCACACCCACAUACAUUUCCUUUCGUAACGAAGUUGAAAUCAGCAGCAUCAUUGACCUUUUUAUCACCAACACCAACUUCGCCAACCCUUCUUUACACAUUGCAACCGAACUAUCUUUAGGCUCUGAUCACCAACUUCUCUCACUUUCCUUUACUUAUGACCUGCAACACUUACUACCAGCACCUCCACCUAUGUGCCAAACUUGGAAUCUGUCACGUCUUUAUGAAGAUGAUACCUUGUUCAGAAUCUGCCAACUAUAUGUCCACCCAUUGAUGCUCUUACUAACUCUUCCAAUGCACUCAUUUAUGACUCUCUUAGUAGCUCAAUUAGUUCUCGCCCCCCUCGCCCCUCAUAUUGGAAAUCGUUUUGGACCCCUGAAUUGCAAGCUGCAGCUGACCAUAAAGAUGGUUGUUACAAGCAAUGACGUCGAGCUUGUGGCAUUGACAAGAUCAAUUGGUGGAGCCGGCACCAGCAUGCACACAAGGAGUUUCGUCAGCAAGUUCAGACAGCAAAUCAUUUGUCUUGGCAUGCUUUUUGCUGCUCAAUGA